CUUCUUCUUCUUCUUCUUCUCCUUCCGAAGUUGGAGUCCGAUCGACCGUUCGACGUCAAUGGCUAUCGGCGGCGGUUUUCUACAGUCAAAGUUUGCAGUCAAGGCCAGGAAAGCCAAUAUCUGUUACAUAGCAUUGGUUACAGUUCUAUGUACAACUUUCUAUCUCCUUGGAAUAUGGCAAAACUCCCCCGGCCCUCUUGCCGCCUCCACGUCCUCGUCCGCCGCGAUCCUCAGCCGCAACGCCGUCCCUUGCACUUUCCCAAAAUCAACUACUUACAGCACCAACAUCCAAUUAGAUUUCUCCGCCCACCAUCUUCCAGAAGACCCGCCACCGGUGGCGGCGCGUGAAAUCCACCUCCCUCCCUGUAACGCUUCGUUCUCUGAGUACACCCCAUGUGAGGACGCCCAGAGAUCCCUGAAAUUCAGUAGAGAUAUGCUUGUUUACAGAGAAAGACACUGCCCAGAGCCGAAAGAGAAGUUGAAGUGUCGUAUCCCGGCGCCGCACGGAUAUAAGAUUCCAUUCCGGUGGCCAAAGAGUCGGGUAUUCGCAUGGUUCGCUAACGUUCCGCACAAGCACUUAACGGUGGAAAAGAAGAACCAAAAUUGGGUGAAAGUGGUAGGCAACCAGCUCCAGUUCCCAGGAGGCGGCACCAUGUUCCCGCGUGGCGCUGACGCCUAUAUUGACGAUAUAGGAAAGCUGAUUAAUCUGAAAGACGGCUCUAUAAGGACCGCCAUAGACACCGGCUGCGGGGUUGCAAGCUGGGGUGCUUAUCUUCUGUCCAGGAAUAUCCUAGCGGUGUCAUUUGCUCCUAGAGACACUCAUGAAGCUCAGGUCCAAUUCGCCCUUGAACGAGGAGUGCCUGCAUUGAUUGGUAUUCUAGCAUCAAUCAGGCUUCCUUAUCCUUCCAGGGCCUUUGACAUGGCUCAUUGCUCUCGCUGCCUCAUUCCAUGGGGCCAAUUUGAUGGACUGUACUUGAUCGAAAUUGAUAGAAUUCUUCGUCCUGGGGGUUACUGGAUUCUGUCCGGACCACCAAUAAACUGGGAGAAGCACUGGAAAGGUUGGGAAAGGACACGAGAGGACCUGAAAGCAGAACAAAAUAAGAUUGAGGAGGUAGCUAGAAGCUUAUGUUGGAAAAAAAUUAAGGAGAAAGAUGACCUUGCUAUCUGGAGGAAACCAACCAAUCAUAUCCACUGUAAACAGGCUAAAAAGUUGUUGAAGAAGCCAAGCUUUUGCCCCAUGCAGGAUCCAGACAUGGCAUGGUACACGAAGAUGGAGACUUGUCUAACCCGACUACCUGAAGUGUCUGAUGCUGAAAUAAAGGGAGUUGCAGGUGGGGAAUUAGCAAGAUGGCCAGAGAGAUUGAACGCGAUCCCUCCGAGGAUCAGGAGUGGAAGUCUGGCAGGAAUAACAGCAGAAAAGUUUACAGAAAACACAGAGCUGUGGAGGAAGAGAGUAGCUUAUUACAAGACAAUGGACCAUGCGCUGGCUGAGAGAGGGAGGUACAGGAACUUGCUGGAUAUGAACUCUUAUUUGGGAGGGUUUGCAGCAGCACUUAUUGAUGAUCCUCUGUGGGUCAUGAAUGUCGUUCCUGUUGAGGCCGAGGUCAACACCCUUGGUGCCAUCUAUGAACGUGGAUUGAUUGGAACAUAUCAGAACUGGUGUGAAGCCAUGUCUACUUAUCCAAGGACAUACGAUUUUAUUCACACUGAUUCGAUUUUUAGCCUCUACAAUGACAGAUGUGAGAUGGAAGACAUUCUUCUGGAAAUGGACAGGAUUCUACGGCCCGAAGGUAGUGUGAUUAUCAGAGAUGAUGUGGAUGUGUUGGUGAAGAUCAAGAGCAUUGUAGAUGUAAUGCAAUGGGAUGCAAGAAUUGCAGACCAUGAAAAUGGGCCACUCGAGAGGGAAAAGAUUCUUUUUGCUGUUAAACUUUAUUGGACAGCACCAGCAUCAAACCAAUAAGGAAUCAAAAACAGUUUUUAUGUUUUCUUGUUAUUAUUAUUAUUUUUUUAUUUUUAUUUUUUUGGCUUCACCAUUCUUUCUACGUUUUUUGUGACAAAUAUUUACACAUCAAUGGAACAUACUCCGUAGUUUUAUUUUCUAUUUUCUUGAUAAAAAAAGUGUUUAUAA